AUGGAAGUUGAACAGCAAAUCCAGCCAGAAAUUGAAGUAACUGCAGAAGUAGCACCGGAAGUAACAGAACAGCCGCAAGCCAAGAUUGUGUUCGGAGUAGCUCACAUAUACGCAUCCCACAACGACACCUUUGUGCACAUAACUGAUCUCACCUCAAGAGAAACCAUUUGCAAAGUGACUGGAGGUAUGAUCGUAAAGACGGACAAGGACGAAAGCAGUCCGUAUGCCGCUAUGUUUGCCGCCCAGAGAGCAGCAGAGCUUGCCAAGGCCGCAGGAUUCAACGCCGUGCACGUUAGAGUAAGAGCCAGCGGAGGUGUAAAAACAAAGACGCCAGGCCCUGGAGCACAGAGCGCCCUUAGAGCACUUGCCAGAAACGGCCUCAGAAUAGGAAGAAUCGAAGAUGUGACUCCCAUUGCCGCUGAUAGAACAAGGAAGAAGGGAGGUCGUCGUGGAAGAAGACUAUAA